AUUUUGAAACAUCCUUACCAGAAGCAGCUGUGAACACUUCCUGUGGAGCUGAGUACGGUUCCGGGUUUCCAGCAGCGCCACAAACAAACAGAUGGAGUCAAAUAUCUCAGAAGAGAAGGGGCCGGCGUCACCGGAACAAAAGGCGGAGGACGAGGAGAAGAUGGAGGUGACAACGCAGCUAGAAAAUCUCAUCGUGGCUCCUGAGAAUGUAGCAACAGAAUCAGACGCACAUCCAGAAGAAAACGGAGACGCAGGAACUCCCUCCACAGCAGCGACGUCCUUGUUGGACGUCGCAGUAAAGACGGAGGACAGCGACGACUCCGACAGCGAUAGUUCUUCCUCCUCCUCAUCUUCCUCCUCUUCAUCUUCCUCCCCCUCCCCCCGUGUGCUCGAGGAUGACGAUGACGAAGGUUUCAGCCAACCGGCCCCCAUCAAAACCAGAGACGAAGUCCUUCUGGAGGAGCUUCCAGCCGUGGAGGAAGUGAAUGUGAUGUUACCAGAAGAAGCCGAACUGCAGCCGGUGGGAACCAUCUCCAGUAUCAUACAGCAGCUCGUUGUUAUCCAGUCUCUGAAAGACACGCCCCCCCUGAAUGAUGACACCUUCAUCUUUAGAUCUGAUAGGCUGGCAGUCGGUAAGGUGUUUGAGGUGUUCGGCCCGGUGACCAGUCCGCUGUACAUCCUACGUUUUAACAAUGUGGACCAGAUCGGAAACAAAGGGUUGACCGAAGGACAGACGCUUUAUUAUGCACCGGCCAUCAAAGAGUACACAGAAUACAUCCUCACACAGCAGCUGAAACAGUUAAAAGGAUCCGAUGCAUCCUGGAAGAACGACCAAGAACCUCCAGCUGAGGCUUUGGACUACAGCGAUGACGAGAAGGAGCAGGAAGCCAAGAGGAAAACGAAAAAUGCCAAGAAGAAGCGGGCCAAUGCCGGCACAGAUAUCCCCGCCUACAUUACCCAGAACCCCUCACAGCAGACGCACGAUGGGAGGGGCUUCCCACCCAGACAUCAUGCUAACACGCAUUCAUUCAGGCACCAGGAUCCCAGAAACAAACCCCCAGCCUUCAGACAAACGCCACCGGGACAUUCAAACGUCCCCAUGUACCUCCCUCCUCCUCCCCCCUGCCCCUACCCUCCUCCGACUCACCACUACCCCCCUCCGAGCUUCCCCCUCUACCCUCCACCACCUCCUCCUCAGUCCUACUUCAACCCCUCUUUCUCCUCCCCUCUCUGGGCUCCAAACUCUUACCCUUUCCCUGACUUCCCCCCUCCGCCUCCCCCUCCACCUCCCCCGCCUCCCCCCCAGUGACCCACAGACGUGACGUUUUUUUCCGGUUUACUCCUGUUAAAAUAAUGUGUUUAUAUUCUCUCAGUUGUUAGCAGUGUUUUUCUGAUGCUGUACAAUCACCGUCAUGUAAAAUAAAACUUUUCUUUUUAUCACAUGAA